UUUUCAAUUCGCUUCCCAUUUGGCAAUUAAACGUUUAUCGUUGCUCAUAUAAAACGUAACAAUGUCGGGAGGACUUGAAGUUCUAGCCUUGAAGGACUCUGAUGUCACUAAAAUGUUAGCCGCUACUACACAUCUUGGGGCAGAUAAUGUGAACUUCCAGAUGGAACAAUAUGUUUUCAAGCGUCGUCAGGAUGGUGUCAACAUCAUCAAUUUGGGACGUACAUGGGAGAAGCUUUUAUUAGCUGCUCGUGUUAUCGCUUCUGUUGAACAUCCUCAAGAGAUCUUUGCCAUCUCAUCUCGUUCAUUUGGUCAACGAGCUGUUCUGAAGUUCGCUAAUUACACUGGUGCAACUCCAAUUGCUGGCCGUUUCACUCCUGGUGCAUUCACUAAUCAGGCCCAAUCAGCUUUCCGUGAACCACGAUUGUUGAUCGUUUCUGAUCCAAUGUCAGAUCAUCAACCCGUCACUGAAGCUUCAUAUGUGAACAUUCCAGUUAUUGCUUUCUGCAACACUGAUUCACCGUUGAAAUACGUUGAUAUUGCAAUCCCUUGCAAUACCAAAUCAUCUCAUUCAAUUGGAUUAAUGUGGUGGUUGUUGGCUCGCGAAGUUUUACGGCUUCGUGGUCAUGUUCCCCGUGAUCAGCCAUGGGAAGUUAUGGUUGAUUUGUUCUUCUAUCGCGAUCCAGAGGAAGCUGAAAAGGAUGAACAAGCAGCUAAAGAAAUUUUGCCACCACCAAAAGAUAAUUAUCAUGAAGAUGGAACUGAAGAUCCAAGCUAUCCAGAUGAUUUAGCAACAGCUGGACCAAUUGCUGCAGCAGUAGUUCUACCCACAGCUGCUCCCGCUGCUGCUGAAGAUUGGAAUGAAGAUGAAACUGUCGGACGAUCUGACUGGGGGGGCGCUACCACAGAAUUUUAAAGUGACAACAAACAAGGUCACAUUUAUGAAUGUGAAAUAAAACGGAUGUGUCGAUAAUGACCGAAAGAAAUAAAGAUGAAAUAAAUCUUA